UUAUUUAGGACAAAACGUGUCGGAGAUUGGACAUUUCGGAUCCUCUCUCUCUCUCUCUCUUCUCUCUGCUUCCGAUUCCAAAUCCGAUUUCAAAAGCCAACCUUUUUACAGUGGACUUCCUCUGCAGCACACAAAAAGGUUUUCAUUUUUCAAGUUUGAAUCUGUGUUACUGCAAGAGAAGUCUCGAGAAUUUUGUACUGCAAGAGAGGCCGCCACAAGUGGAUAUUGUCUUUAGCCAUCAAGUGUGUUAGUACAGAAAGUAAUAUGGCUGAUAUGAGUCCAAUAACCGAUGUCUCAACAGAUGGAGACAGAGAUCUUGGGUCUGAGGGAGCACUAGUGAACAACACUGCUGCUUCUGAUUCUAGUGAACGAUCCAAGAACAAGUUGGAUCAAAAGACCGUUCGUAGGCUUGCUCAAAACCGCGAGGCAGCAAGGAAAAGCAGACUGAGGAAGAAGGCAUAUGUUCAGCAGCUGGAGAAUAGCCGCUUGAAGCUUACACAGCUUGAGCAGGAGCUGCAAAGAGCAAGACAACAGGGUGUCUUCAUUUCAAGCACAGGAGACCAGGCCCAUUCUACCGGUGGAAAUGGGGCGUUGGCGUUUGAUGCUGAAUACUCAAGGUGGCUGGAAGAAAAGAACAAGAGAAUGAACGAGCUGAGGUCUGCUCUAAACGCGCAUGCAGGCGACGGUGAGCUUCUAAUAAUAGUAGACGGCGUGAUGGCUCACUACGAGGAGCUUUUCAGGAUAAAGAGCAACGCAGCUAAGAGCGAUGUCUUUCACUUGCUUUACGGUAUGUGGAAAACACCGGCUGAGAGAUGUUUCUUGUGGCUUGGUGGCUUCCGUUCAUCCGAAAUCCUCAAGCUUCUGGUGAAUCAGUUGGAGCCAAUGACAGAGAGACAAGUGAUGGGGAUAAACAGCUUGCAAGAGACAUCGCAGCAGGCAGAAGAUGCUUUGUCACAAGGGAUGGAGAGCUUACAACAGUCGCUAGCUGAUACUUUAUCUAGCGGGACUCUUGGUUCAAGCUCAUCAGGUAAUGUAGCUAGCUAUAUGGGUCAGAUGGCCAUGGCGAUGGGGAAGUUAGGUACCCUCGAAGGUUUUAUCCGCCAGGCUGAUAAUUUGAGGUUACAGACAUUGCAACAGAUGAUAAGAGUAUUAACAACGAGACAGUCAGCGCGUGCUUUACUUGCGAUUCAUGAUUACUCCUCGAGGCUACGAGCUCUCAGCUCUUUAUGGCUUGCUCGGCCUAGAGAGUGACAAACUUGAAUGUUGGUCACUCGCUCAACUCAGCUGUACAAAAUUCAUAUGGACACACAAACCAGGAAAGACUAUUUACAUUAACUUUGUUAGAUGCGUGUCUUAGCAAUCCAUAAACGAAUAAGAGUAUUUUUCUUGUCUGUAAGGUUUCUAAAUGGUUGGUAGUAGUAAUUGAUGUUGUUUGAUUAGCUGUAGAGGUUUCUUUUCUGUAGCAUUUGGGAAGCCUCAAAGUGUAUACAUAUCUUUUAUAAUUAGAAUUACUACCAAUGUAAUGUAUUUGAGUCUUUUAUUAUCAAAGACAACUAGAAUUGUU